AAUCUCCCACCACUUAUCCUUGCCCAGCGAGAGAGCUCGCUUCGCAUGCGGAUUCCAAACCCAGCUCCACGAACGCAUUGUUGUUCUCCGUAGUCUCUCCCAGCCGUGACGGAGUUGAAAGUGAAAGUAUUUGAAAACGCGUUGGAUUACUCUUUCCUCGUAUGAGCAGGUUUAUGAUUUGGCACAGACAAGCAAGAUAGUUGAAUGACUAGAAGGCAUCAAAGAUGGAUGGAAGAAAUCCUUGUGGAAGUGGAGGCACACUUCACUUCGAGACAGCACCUCUGAAGAUUGUUCGUGCUGAAAAGCAGUUUAUGACAGAUAACUUUGGUAUUCAGUACCUUGAUUGUGUUUCCAAUGUUGCACAUGUUGGACACUGUCAUCCUCAUGUUGUAGCAGCUGGCAAAAAUCAGAUGGCAACAUUAGUCUCAGCUCAAGGUUUUAUGAAUGAUGCCCUUACCAAAUACGUGAAACAGUUGGUGAACAAAUUACCAGAUGUUCUUAGCAUCUGCUACCUUGUUAAUUCUGGAUCUGAAGCUAAUGAUCUAGCAUUGAGAUUAGCACGUGCUUAUACCAAUAGAAAAGAUGUAGUUGUUUUUGAUGAUGCCUACCACGGGAACCUAGGAAACUUGAUCGAUAUUAGUCCGAAGAUGUUCAAACAAAUGCCACUGGGGAAGAAAGAAUUUGUUCACGUCAUUCCAUGUCCAGACACAUAUCGUGGCAUUUACCGAGAGGAUGAUGUAAGAGCAGCUGAGAAAUAUGUGAAAGAAGCAGAACAUAUCAUUCACCAGGCCAGUAGAAGUAACAGAAAAAUAGCAUGUUUUGUCUCAGAAUCAAUAGUGGUCAAUUGUGGCGUCAUUGUCCCUCCAAGAAAUUACUUCAGACUCUUAUAUAAUUUGAUCCAUGAAAUUGGAGGUGUUUGCAUUGCAGAUGAGGUACAGACUGGGCUAGGAAGAACAGGAGAAUACUUCUGGGCAUUUGAGCAUUAUGGUGUGAUUCCUGACAUAGUUUGCAUUGGCAAGCCUUUAGGAAAUGGUCACCCAAUGGGAGCUGUUAUAACUACAAGAGAAAUUGCAGAUUCCUUGGGGGAAUAUUACUCAACUUUUGGUGGUAACCCAGUUGCAUGCGCAAUAGGCAUGGCUGUCUUGGAUGUUAUUGAAAACGAAAAACUAGUUCAAAGUGCCAAAGCAGUUGGUAAAACUCUCCUAGAGAAUCUUCAGCAGUUAAGACUUAACCAUAGGGUUAUAGGAGAUGUAAGAGGGAUUGGACUCUGCAUUGGAGUGGAAAUUGUUGAGCAUAAGACCAGUCGUAAACCUGCCACAGCCCUUGCACAAACCAUUAUAUACAAGUUAAAGGAGGAGCACCACAUUCUGGUCCAAGUGCAAGGUCCUGGCCGUAAUGUGAUUUGUAUAACACCUCCUAUGUGCUUCACGCAGACUAAUGCCCGGUCACUCUUCAAUGCGCUUGAUGCUGUGCUCAGCUCACUUGCGCAUAGUAAUACAGAAGGGAUUAUUGAUAUUGCCAGUAACAUCGUAGUCCCUCAUCCCAGAUCAGUCCUCUCCAUGGAAGACUUAGAGAAUAUGAGUGAGGAAUUGGAAGGCCCAGAAGCAAAGAAGGCUCGAACAAGUUAUGAUGACAUUGAUUAAGAUCUGUAUUUUUACACUAUAUAAGACAGUGACAAUACCUGUGUACUUGGUAUAUGCAAUAGUGAAGAAUAUAAAAAUGAGUUAUUA